AUGGGGCAGGAAAGGUGGUGGUGGUUCGAUGCACGCACAGGUGUCCUCAUCCCUGUGUCAGUCUUUUUACUCUUGUCAGCACCGACGGACCUGGUAAAGGCUGACCCAGGUAAACUUGACAGGGUAAAGGCUGACCUAGAUAAACUUGACAGGGUACAGAAUGACCCAGAUAAACUUGACAGGGUACAGAAUGACCCAGAUAAUCUUGACAGGGUACAGAAUGACCCAGAUAAACUUGACAGGGUACAGAAUGACCCAGAUAAUCUUGACAGGGUACAGAAUGACCCAGAUAAACUUGACAGGGUACAGAAUGACUCAGGUAAACUUGACAGGGUACAGAAUGACUCAGGUAAACUUGACAGGGUACAGAAUGACUCAGGUAAACUUGACAGGGUACAGAAUGACUCAGGUAAACUUGACAGGGUACAGAAUGACCCAGGUAAACUUGACAGGGAACAGAAUGACCCAGGUAAACUUGACAGGGUACAGAAUGACUCAGGUAAACUUGACAGGGUACAGAAUGACUCAGGUAACUUGACAGGGGUACAGAAUGACCCAGAUAAACUUGACAGGGUACAGAAUGACCCAGAUAAACUUGACAGGGUACCGAAUGGCCCAGGUAAACUUGAUAGGGUACAGAAUGACCCAGAUAAACUUGACAGGGUACAGAAUGACCCAGAUAAACUUGACAGGGUACCGAAUGACUCAGGUAAACUUGACAGGGUACAGAAUGGCCCAGAUAAACUUGACAGGGUACAGAAUGACCCAGAUAAACUUGGCAGGGUACAGAAUGACUCAGGUAAACUUGACGGGGUACAGAAUAACCCAGAUAAACUUGACAGGGUACAUAAUGACACAGGUAAACUUGACAGGGUACAGAAUGACUCAGGUAAACUUGACAGGGUACAGAAUGACCCAAGUAAACUUGACAGGGUACAGAAUGACCCAGGUAAACUUGACAGGGUACAGAAUGACCCAGGUAAACUUGACAGGGUACAGAAUGACUCAGGUAAACUUGACAGGGUACAGAAUGACUCAGGUAAACUUGACAGGGUACAGAAUGACACAGGUAAACUUGACAGGGUACAGAAUGACCCAGAUAAACUUGACAGGGUACAGAAUGACUCAGGUAAACUUGACAGGGUACAGAAUGACUCAGGUAAACUUGACAGGGUACAGAAUGACACAGGUAAACUUGACAGGGUACAGAAUGACCCAGAUAAACUUGACAGGGUACAGAAUGACUCAGGUAAACUUGACAGGGUACAGAAUGACUCAGGUAAACUUGGCAGGGUACAGAAUGACCCAGAUAAACUUGACAGGGUACAGAAUGACCCAG